AUGCAUCGACAGCUAAAGUCAGCUCUCAUGUGUCACGGCGAUUCCUGGUGCAAUAGCCUUCCAGUUGUUUUAUUAGGUAUGCGUUCUGCGUUGAAAGAGGACUUACAGACUUCUGCGGCAGAAUUGGUGUAUGGGGAACCACUGCGUUUACCAGGGGAGUUUGUUUCGCAUGCCAAGACUGAUCGUGUUGAAGAUAUUAAAUCUUAUGUAGCACAAUUGCGGAAAUAUGUGGCUGAUCUGAAACCUUGCUCACCUGUACGUCACGGUCAACCGAAGACAUUUGUAUCACAAGAUCUGGCAACGACUAGCCAUGUGUUCCUUAGGGAUGAUAUUCCAAACAGACCUGCUUUGAAAUGCCCAUAUUCUGGUCCGCAUAAGGUACUUAAAAGGGGUGAUAAAACGAUAAGUCUUGAUGUCGGCACGAGGAAUGUUUCUGUAAGCUUGGAUAGGGUUAAGCCCGCUUUCAUUGAUGUCGAUCCAUCUGCGAUUGCAUCAUCCACGCGGGUGUCUGGAGCAUCUCCAUCUUCGUCACCACCGUCAUCGCCUCAUUCAUCACAACCCGCCGCAAUUGUGCCUCCUCUACCAAUCACGAAGGCUUAUACCACUCGGUCAGGCCGUAGGGUGAGGUUUAAAGUCCCCGCAGUUUCAUAA